AUGAUAGUACGAACCAACGCACUGCUCUUGGUCGCGACGCUGGUGCCCUCUGUUGCUGGAGUUGCACUACCUCGAUUUCUAUCAACAACAUCAGAAGAAGAUAUCGCGUAUUCCUCAUUGUUCGACGAAACCUCUUCCGAUGAAAGCACGGCAACGGUUUCGUCCAAGGCGACGUCGAUUUCUUCCAGUCAUGGAACCGAGUUGACAGCAACUACACAAUUGGCUUCUGAUUUGGCCACUUUGAGUACAAGUUCGAGGGUCACUCUCUCAGCAGAUGGACAUUUCUCUGAGCCCAAUACAUCAAGUACCAACAGCAACUCCAGCAACGACAAAAAUGCAACUCCAGCAGAAACAGAGCGCAAUGUUCAGAUUCCAGAGCAUAGGAGACCACACCAGGCUUUCGCAUCCACUCUGACGGAAGUCGCACUUAACAACACCAAGCAUCAAACCUGUGGUCCUGGUCACAAGUCUUCCUGUGGUUGGAUUCCCUCUAUUACUUCGAGAAUAAAUGGCACAUACACACUUGGACCCCGGCCGACAGGUACAUUGACGUUGAUAGCACCGACAUCUUUGCCUCCUUGUACGACCUUGCAAGAUAACGAGCCCAUCACCGAGUACUCUAUCGUGUACACAGCAACAGUAACUUUCCUAGGGAACAGCAGCGAAUACACGCCUCCUUAUCCAACCAUCAGUACUCCGAACUUUUGCGAGACACAGCCUUCUGAUCCAACUUAUUCUAAGGGAUCAAGCGCUACUGCGGCGCCUGCUUCGUCCACCAAAGAUGUUUCUCCGAAAGUACCUCCUAAAGACUGUUCAUCGGAAGGUUCCUGCUCUACAGAAGAGGUUCCUGGGUGGUCAAAUCCCACGGGUGUUCCCAAACCCGAGAUGCCAAGUCUGAUUACGACUCGAACGACUGUUACAUUCGUAACCACUGAUAAGAACCCUGCCGUUGUAUUUACAACGAAACCCCCUCCAAAGUUCGGCAAGCAAACGAAGGAGGGUCGGCUGCCCAUGAGUAAUAAACAGUUACCUGAGCCUUCCAACUCCCUAGGCCCGAAUGGCCCCGAGCCCUCAGGAGAUUUGUGGACUUCAGGAGGACACGGAAAGGUGGGACCUAUGUCCAAAGUUCACUCUCAGGCUCAGUCCCAAGCUCAGUCCCAAUAUCAAUCUCAAGCUCGGUCUGAUACACUACCACAACCAACAUCCGAGCCUAUGCCGGAGAGCCGGCCACAGGAUCGCCCACAAACUCAAAGACGGCCGGAUGCUGACACUGACAUCAACACCAGCAUCAAUACCGAUCUUGCACCGAAACCAAUCAAGGUGUUUUUGGUGACUGCAAGGGGUCAGGAAGUCAUUGUCAAUGACAAGACUUUUUCCAACCUCAAGGCAGACCAAACAACAACAGUUACUGUCGACUCCGGAAUAUUCACAAUUCGCCCAACCGAACUAGUUGGUGAAGGAGCAACAGUAAAAAAGCCGCAGCCUAUAGGAACUGCCAUAUCCGUUGUCAGUCCUAUCAGUACAGCACUUGGUGGGGUGCCCGUUACUGUCUCGGGCACAGAAGCUAUUGUUGAUGGUACAAGGCUGAAGAUCCCCCUCAUGGGCACAACUACGAAUCUUAAGAUUCAUGCUGCAGGCUCGCACACUCUGGUCGAGGAUCAGCAAAUCUCCAUUGCGCCUGGUCGAGUUAUGAUUGAUGGCGAAACUCUCACAUAUACAGGGGUCGGUGGUCCUCAGACAGAUGUAAUUAUUAUAGGGGGCGAAAUGGUUACUGUGGCUGGAAAGUCCGUCUUCAUUUUUCAUUCUACGACUCUGAUCUACGGGCUCGAUAACCCCGGAGUCACGCAGACGAUCGAUGAUGAUACUAUUACUGUUGGGCCUGCAGGCGUCGUUGUUGAUAGGACAACUCUCGGGGGGUACGACGCUGAAGCAACCGACACCAAACAUCGAAUUGUUGGUGGAGCGACAAUCACCAAAGUCAACCCUUCAUAUGUGAUUGUCGACGAAACUACUUUUACAGCCGGUCCAGGUGCUGAGAGCACUACAAAAGAAACCGGAGGGGAGACUAUCACGAUUGGGCCCAGUGGCGUCAUCGUUGGAACGAUGACAGUCAAGUAUCCUUUUGGAGCCUCGACUGUUACAACUAUCAAUGCAAGGGCAACAGCUUCAAACCAGUCACCUGUUGCUACUGGUUCCAGCAACAUCGAUGCUAAGGAGGAUGGCAAAGAUAAGAAGAAGAAUAAUGAUGAUGAUGACAGCGGUACAACUCCGCGACGGUCUGGGUUGACGAUGGGAACGACACUGUUAUGCAUAGCGGUCGGCGUUUGGGUUUGGGUUUAG